AUGGCAGCCCUGACCGCCGACCUGAACAUUACUAAAUGUGUUAGCAAAGAUGGAAAGUUGGCUCGACGCAGCAUGGGCUUCUGGUGUCAGUUCAAUUGCUGGUAUCGCACGUUUUGGGAAGCUGAAGGGCGGCGACCUACUGUGAUCGAGGUGAAGAGGACACACAGCAAAUGCUUGCGAUCUCUUGAACAGGUUCGAAGUUAUUUUCGGCAAUACCGGGCAGCGAGAAAGGAUGACCCUGGGGCGGAUGGGGCUUCCUUCCGAGGAGCAAAGCUCCGCCGAUCCUCGACCGAAUUGGACACCGUCGCUGGCUCCCAGGUUUGCAGCCAAAGCCUUGAGCACGUGGGCUUUCUGCGCGAUCCCGGGGCUGCCGAAUGCCUCUCCGUCCUCGCGACCGGUACAAACACAUUGGGUGUGGCGCUUGCAAAUGGCGGCAUUGGGCAGGGCUUCGUUGGCGACUCAACACGCACAAUUUCCACAGGGGCGACUCCUAGAGGUUCCGGCCAAACCAGCGUCAGCGGCACCAUCACAACGCGAUCUGCUGUACAUUCAGCAAGCAACAACAGCGCAGCGGCGGGUAGGGCUCCGCCGUUCUUCGCCGUACAAUCCACGCCCCGGGGAGCGAACUGCCCGCCCGUCCAGGGUCCUUCACGUGGCGCCACUGGUGUCUGGCUCCACGGCUUGUCUGAUGCUCCGGUGCCAGGUAGUCAGCAGCAAGCUGGGAGCUCGUGGCAGCCUGCAUCGGUGUCGAUCCAGCCGAUCCGGCAGCACCCUUCUCGCCCACCUGCCCUUCCACCAUCGGGAUGCAGAGGUUGCACCUCCUCCGCCUUGCCGCCAAGCAUCCUGCUGUCCAGCUCGUCAGAUGCUCUGGGCAGCCCAGCGCAGGGCGCAGGCCAGCCACCCCGGCCACCGGCGAUGGCUUUGCCACAACUGCGCUCGGUCCCUGGUCUGCCGCUUAACGUCCGAUUCUCCGCGGCGUCUGUGCCGGGAGGCCACUUUCCAUGUCAGCUGGAACAGGCAGAAGCAAGGGAGGUGGGAAUGACACCCCUUGACGUUGCGACUGGGCAUGCAGCAUCGGCAGCGCCGUGUGGGCUGGACUCAACCAUGCAGGGGCAGCCGAAGCGCGCAGUUAUCACCGGGCAAGAACCGAUACUCCAUUUCGCCACGGCUGCCGUCUGCUUAAAGGAGAAACCACAGGAUAUGCCCCUAGCAACAGCCACGACCCGAGGAGCAGCAACCGUACCAGCUCCAGCAGCCACCGUAUCAGCUCCACCAGUAGCUGCUUACCCUCAUCCCCACUACCAUCACCACCAUCACCAUCCAAUGACGCACUUGGGGUACGAUUCUGUGUACGGUCACCCAGCAUACAUGGACCCGUACGCGUACUCCUACGCUAUGCAUGACCCCAACAUGGGCUACUGGAGAAUGUAUCCAUACUGCUAUACAAUCCCCCCCCAUCCAGCGCACGUUCUCUACCCGGAGGUGCUACCGCACGUCACGGACUAUCGGGACCCAUGCUACGGAGCAAUGCCGAUGCUGGUCACGCAGCAGUGCACGCAGCUGGACGCAGCUGAGAUGCCUCAGCCGGAAUCACAUCACCUGCAGAUACAAGCGCGGGCGGCGUCUGCUGCAACGGUGCACCAUGGGGGUGUAACACUGGAUAGAGUGGAGGCAAGCAGGAAUGCGUUCGAGUUGGCAAGGUGCGCUGCUGUGCAUUCGCCUCAGCAGCUCAACGCCCUGACACCGGCCAAUGUGGACAAUUUAAGUGCAGGUGAUGGUAUGGACGCACGGGCCUGCAGUGCGGUUCCCUCCGGAUUGCAGCAGCCGCUGUCACCUUAUCUGGUGCACGGACCGUUCCAGGGCAUUGGUGCUGGGCAUUAUCAGCCGGGGCUAGCUUCAGUAGUAAGCCCAGCAGCAGGUGCAGCAGCACUUUCCGUGCAGCGCAAGCAGCAGUUUGCGGAACUUCCUUUGGGGACGCCGGCUUCAAGGGAGAGCAGCGGGAUGGACAUCUUUGCAGGUGUUGUUACGCCGAGUACGUCAGCCCUGCUCUCAGAGCUCAAUAUGCUGUUGACGGACGGCGUUUGUGACUGCAGCCUGUGA